UUCGACGCCAUCGCCACGCAUUGCGGCCCCCCACGUUCUCGCGAACCGUCCUGUGCCGCCAGUCCGGGCGACGGCCACAUGGUGUCCACGAGUAUGCGGGCUCACUGCUGCAGCUUACGAUCGAUGGCGUGCGAGCCUGCUGAUCUUUCGACAGCACGGAUUGUCGUUUGCCCGGGGGGUUACGGAUACCCGGUCCACCCAUUGGAAAGCAGAGUGCAUGCCAUGUAACCCUUGAGGGUAGGUGGAGUUGCUACCCUCCGGUGGCGAUCUGAGAUGGCUCUGGGCUAUAAAUGAAGCGAUGCGUUGAUCUGCAGUUGUUUCGUGCGGUCACCAAACCACACGUUGUAUCCCAAUGGCAAUCCAAGCCGUCGUCGAGUCCGUCGUGGACGACAAGGCCUCGUAUGAUGAGAAGCUCGGAGAGGUCACCUUGACCUCGUCCCCUGUGUCUUCGGACGCUGGUGAGCCCCUCGUCGAGCGUCUCAACGACAACCCUUUCUUGGACCCAAAGGUCGAGGCCUACUAUCGAGGCGUCUACGAAGAGGCGCAGUACGAGUGUCGACAUGUGCUCGAUGCUCAAUUACAAUGGACCGAGAAAGAGGAACGCCGCCUGCGUUGGAAACUCGACUGGCACGUCACGACGUGGGCCUGCUUCAUGUUCUUUGCUUUGCAGAUCGAUCGGACCAACCUGGGGAAUGCUUUAUCAGACAACUUCCUCAAGGAUCUCAACAUGACCACCGACAAUCUUAACACCGGAAACACCAUCUUCUACCUCUCUUUCCUCUGCGCCGAGAUCCCCUCGCAGCUCAUUUCGAAGAAAGUCGGGCCAGACCGAUGGAUCCCCGCGCAAAUGGUCAUCUGGUCCAUCGUCGCCGCCAGUCAAGCAGGUCUGAACGGCAAAGGCUCCUUCUACGCGACUCGCUUUCUCCUUGGCAUCCUGCAAGGCGGCUUCAUCCCCGACCUCAUCCUGUGGCUGUCCUACUUCUACAAGAGCGGGGAGCUGGCCAUACGCCUGAGCUGGUUCUGGGUGGCGGAAGGCUUCACCAGCGUCGUUACUGCGCUGGCUGCGUAUGGCAUUCUUCACAUCCAUGCCGCGGGCUGGGCGCCUUGGAGGUGGCUUUUCCUGAUCGAGGGCCUGUUCACCCUGAUCGUCGGCAUAGCCGCCUUCUUCCUCAUGCCUGCGUCCAUUGUGCAGACUAAGGCGUGGUUCCGGCCUAAGGGAUGGUUCACCGACCGUCAAAUCAGCAUCGCCGUCAAUCGCGUACUGCGUGACGAUCCGACAAAAGGUGAUAUGCAUAACCGCAUGGGCAUCACACCCAAAGCCUUGUGGAAGACGGUGACGGACUAUGACAUGUGGCCGAUCUACCUCAUUGGCAUCCUGGUGUACAUCGGCAUCGAUACCCCCAGCAUCUACCUGACACUCAGCCUUCGCGAGGUCGGGUUCAGCACCUUCAACACCAACCUCCUCACCAUCCCCUCCACUAUAGCAGGCUGCUUCACCCUCCUCGCCAUCACCUGGUUCAGCGUGCGCAUCAACGAGCGCGCCCUCGUCUCCAGCAUCAUGUGCAUCUGGAUCAUGCCGUGCCUCAUAGCCCUUCGCUGGUGGUCGGGAACAAGCGUAAACGCCUGGGGCACCUUUGCCAUCAUCAACGUCCUGCUCAGCUACCCCUACUGCCACGCGAUCGUAGUCGCAUGGGCAAGCCGGAACAGCGGCUCCGUUCGCACGCGCUCCGUCAGCGCCGCGGCGUACAACAUGUGCGUGCAGGCGGGCAACAUCAUUGCAUCGAAUAUUUAUCGCACGAGCGAUGCGCCCAAGUACCACAAGGGGAAUGACAUUCUGAUUGCGUUGAACUUUGCGUCGAUUGCGCUGUUUGUGCUCACGAAGUACUAUUACAAGCGGAAGAAUACGCUGCGGGAGAGGAAGUGGGCUGCCAUGACGCCGGAAGAGAGGGAGACGUAUUUGAACGAGACGAAGGACGAGGGGAACAAGCGGUUGGACUUUCGCUUUGCUCAUUGAAUGGGGGAAUGCGACGUGAAGAACGAAGACAUAG